AUUUUACUCUUCUUUUACUAUUCUUGAGAUUUUUCUUUGCUUGCCAGUUCCAACCGGCUACAUCACACCACAUCGAUUCACAUCUCAUCACGUUCCUGCCAAGUUGGGACACCUCACAACAGCGACUACUCCAGAUGAUUUACGGGCUUCAUUAGAGGAUAUCCAGCAUCUAAAGUCAGCAUUCUCUCCCCAUGGAGGAGACCAAAAAGGACGCCAGUCCUGCCCCGCUUGGCCGCAUCCUUGACCGGAAGAUUGAGUCGAAAGGCCUUGCCGAAAGUUUCUCUGCCAACAUCAGCCGCAAGGGUACUCCAAGGAAAAAUCGCGCAGGAAAAUCAGUGAAGGCCAUUGUUGAGUGGCUUGAGAAAGCAGGCGGGAAAGUCUCUCAUGGGCCCGAGGCCAAGGGGAAACCCGGGUCUGACAAAGGCUCCAUUUCCAUUUCCAGUCCCAGUUCCAGCUCAAAGGAUGCCGGCGACAAGCAGCAUGGAGUCCAUCAUGAAGCCCAGCACGAGAACCCCCCUGCUGGUCCUGUAACCCCUUCGCCCAGGCCACAUCCUUUUGCGGAAGAAUACUCCCUCACUCUCCUAAAGUUCAAAUCCUACUUCAACAACCGACCAUUGGCUAGGUGUCUGGACCAUCUAGAACAAGAUUUUGCUCAGACCGAGAAGAAACCCGGCUCCUAUGUUCCUUCAAAACUUAGCCAAGAAAUCGGAAGCUCCUCCGAGGGGAAAGGGGGGGAUGGGACGAAUCCACGUCAUGUGCGUGAUCCGGCUGAGGUGACGGCAUUCUAGGACAAUGUCCGAGCCCAGCUGCGGGACGAUGAUGACGAGGGGGAGACCAAGUUCAAGGUGCAGCCACGGCUCAGCCUGGAGGCUCAACUGCCAAAACAAAGACU